CCAAAAUAGUACGGAGCCCAAUCACCCUCCCUCCAAUAUUCCCAGUAGCCGCCUUAAAUUCCACGUCACCACCUCCCCCGCUCCCCUCCCAUCCCCUUCCCCCUCGUAACGCCCAGGUGAGAGACUGUGACUGUGACUGUGAGAGUGAUAAAAAGACAGCCUCGCCCAAGUCACCCACAUAAAAAAAGACAGACUGAGACACACACAGAGCUACUAUCUCUCUCUCUCUCUCUCUCUCUCUCUAUAUAUAUAUAUAUAUAUAUAUGUAUACACACAUAAUCAUAAUGCUCUCCUACAUGUGUGUGCGUGCAGUUGAGAGAGAGAGAGAGAGAGAAAUGGAGAGGGAUUUGCUUUUGCAUUCGGGUGGUUUUUCCCAACACCAGAGCUUCCCUGUUACUGCCGGAGGAGAUACAAGUAUGGACGAUCCCUCUUCCAUGGACGCCAUGUUCUCCGGCAUCAGCCUCCUCUCCUUGCUCACCACCUCUUCUAACCCUGAUAUUGAUUUCUGUAGCUUAAUGCCUCAUGAUCUUCUUCUUCCCCAACUCCAACUCCAACUCCAACAACAACAACAACAACAACAACAACAAGACUUGCCUAUUAAUCCACAUCCUAACAAUAUUCCCAUUCCUCUUUACUCUUCCUCCUUCAUUCCCUAUUCUGUUUCUCCUUCCUCUUCUUCCACUUUCGGCUUCUUCCCUGACCUAGUGGCUUCCCAAACCCUCAAGUUGCCCAAACUCGAACCCUCCUUGUCUCUGUCUUUGGAUGACUCACCCACACCCACCACACCCGCCGUCUUUUCUGAGCCGCCUCUCAACUUCAUGCCCACCGACUCUCUCCUCUUCCACCACUUACCGGAUCUCCUCUCCCUAGACCCACUCACCGACUCCUCACCACCUCCGCCGUCUUUACUUUCACCUUUCCAUAAACGCCGCCGCUUGGACUCGGCAACCACCCAUCAUGAGAACCACUCUCUUACCCUCAACUCGUUCCCCUUGGCCAACUACGCCACGCCCUUCACACCCUCACCGGAACUGGAUGACGAGGCUACCGCCUCGUCGUCUUCUUCCCCUCCGGUGAUGAUCCCGCGCAGCAGCGCACUGGCCAGGCAGCGACGCCAGAAGCUGAGCGACAAGACUCGCUACUUGCAGAAACUGUUGCCCUGGGACAAGAAGAUGAAUAUCGCCACCAUGCUGGAGGAAGCCUACAAGUACGUCAAGUUCCUCCAGGCUCAGCUCACUGCUCUCCAUUCCAUGCCUUUCCACUCCUCCAUUCCGAUUCCUGUACGUGGAGGAGAUCUCGGUUCGGUAUUUGGGAUCUUGGGGAGACUCAAUCGGAACCAGCUUCUACAGGUUCUGGUUAACUCCCCUGUCGCUCAAUCCUUGCUCUGUUCUCAGGGUUGCUGUGUCUUCUCUGUGGAACAGUUGGAUAUGCUGAAGAAGACUCACAACCAAAAGGAUGGGGACUACUAAUUCUCUUCACCCAAAUCUUUUAUCAUCCUUCUAAACUUUGCUUUGAUGGGUGUUGUUGCAUACGCACAAAUUUUUCAGACUAUGGUAAAAGGAAAGUAAAGAAAGGUAUAUUCAGAUUCACACUUUUUUUUUUUGUGGGGCCCUUUUUCUUUUUUAGUGUAAUUUCAUUUUGGUUUCGUUAGGGGAUUUUAACUUUUGAGAAGAGAUAAUUUGAGGGUUCAAUCAGAACUAAUGACCUACUUUGGAAAGCAAUUACUUGAUCUGUAAUUACAGUUUAUGGGUUGUAAGCAAUCUUUUUUUUUUUUUUUUUAUGCUUCUAAUCCAUCUUAUUUUGGUGGUUGAUCUCUCUGUUUCUGAUAGUGUAAAAUCCAACUUAAGAAGGACCUUCUCUUGCUCGUUCUAAAACAUUGAGAGCUAAAGAUCCUUGAUACUUCUAUCCGGCCCAAGAAUUUGGCAUGGUCUGCUUGCAUGCCUCUUCAAGUGUCAAUUUAUGGCCCAUUUGGACCGCAGAAUUGUUUCAUUUUUUCGUAAAUAUACUAUGCAUAUUCCUCAAUCUUCAAAUUUUUUUGACCAUAUAUAUGAGUUUUGACCAAUGCUGUUAUCUUAUGUUGGGUCACUCGAUAUAUUUAGCUUGACCUAUUGUUCGUUGGGCUUCUUAAA